AUGUCGGACCCAACUCAGGAAGCACUCGCUCAAAUCAAAAAAACUCUGGAGCUUCUAGCACUUCAGGCCACCAGUUCCAAUCAGCCCAAGCCUGCAAACCCUUCGGGAAGGGAAAACAGGUCCCCGCUAGCCGGGGAUUACUUCAAGGCGUACUCUCAGAGUUAUAUCGAUUUCACCUACGAGAGUCCCACCAUCUACCAUGUAGUGGAAUAUUUUGCCAAGCAGCUCGAUGAAGCGGGCUUCACGUACCUGAGUGAAAAAUCAUCGUGGGCCGAUGUCAAGAGCGGAAAAUACUACACCAUUAGAAACGGCACCAACCUGUCGGCUUUCGUGCUGGGCAAAGACUGGGACUACAAGUCCGGGGUGGGCGCGCUGGGGUCGCAUAUCGAUGCGUUGACCGUCAAACUCAAGCCAUUGUCCCACAAGCCAGACGUGGAAGGCUUCCAGUUGCUGGGCGUCGCGCCCUAUGGUGGCACGCUGAGUGACUACUGGUUCGACAGGGACCUCGGGAUCGGUGGCAGGGUCCUUGUGAGAAAUGAGUCCACGGGCAAGAUAGAAUCCAGACUCAUCAACUCGGCGCCACAUCCGAUCGCCAAGAUUCCGUCGUUGGCGCCGCACUUCGGGAGCCCCGCGGUUGGGCCCUUCGACAAGGAGGACCAGGCCGUCCCCAUUGUGGGCUACGCCUCCGCUGACGACGAGGACGACGAAGAGUACGAUGCCGAAGAUGAGCGCAAGAGCCCGCUCUUUGGCCACCACCCCAUUGGACUGCUGAGGUAUAUUGCGUCGCUGGCCAAGGCCAAGGUGAGCCAGCUUGUGCAGGUGGAUGCCGACCUAUUUGACGUCCAAAAAGGGUCUUUGGGCGGCUUGAAAAACGAGUUUUUGUUUGCACCAAGAUUGGACGACCGUGUAUGCAGUUAUGCCGCGAUUCAGUCCCUGAUUGCCUUCGCCAAUGAGGGCGAAAUCCCAUUGGGAUCCUUCAACGUGGCCACCCUCUACGACAACGAAGAGGUCGGUUCUCUGUCCAGACAGGGUGCAAAAGGUGGCCUCUUCGAGAGCGUCGUACAACGGGUAACAUCUAACGUGCACGGCAACGAUCCAUCGUUUGUCCGCACCGCUUUUGCCAACUCUGUUAUCCUUUCCGUGGACGUGAACCACAUGUUCAACCCCAACUUCAAAUCGGUGUAUCUCGAGAAUCACCGGCCCAAGCCCAACGUCGGCGUGACUCUGGCGCUCGACUCGAACGGCCAUAUGGCUACCGACGUGGUGGGUACUGCUCUGGUCGAAGAGCUCGCGAGGCUGAACGGAGACAAAAUACAGUACUUCCAUAUCAAAAACAACUCUCGGUCGGGAGGUACCAUCGGGCCCUCCAUUUCCUCCCAAACUGGUGCCAGGACAGUCGACCUCGGAAUCGCUCAGCUCUCAAUGCACAGUAUCAGAGCUGCUACUGGGUCCAAGGAUGUUGGGCUGGCCAUCAAGUUUUUCAAAGGCUUUCUAGCCAACUGGAGAUCCGUCUACGAUACCUUCGGCGACCUUUAA